UAAACAGAGUGGCAGGCUUCGAGGAGACCAGAGACUUAGACCUAAGUAGCAGCAGUAGUUGUAGCAAAAACAAAAGAGCUGAAUACAUGACUGUGUUCUGGGUCCCCUGCUCUGCCUUCGCUAGCGUCACCUCAUCAAAUCUUUACAGCAGCCCCUGUGGGGUGGCUACUCUUUUUAUCCCUAUUUUACAGAUGAAGAAACUGAGGCCUAGAGAGGUGAAGCCUCAAAGAUCAGAGCCAGCAGGAGAGGGGGCUGGGAUUUGAACCCAGGUCCACGCUGACUCGAAGAUUUUUUCCAUCCUACAUGAGUGGUUCCCAAAUCUGGCUGCUUAUCAGAACUACCUGGAGGGCUUUUUGAACAAUACAGAGGCCUGAUUUUUUGUUCCUUUUUCCUUUUGUUUCCUGACACAGAGUCUCUGGGUCCUGGGUGGGGCCAGUGUUGAGAGCCUCUCGUGCUCCUUUGCCCCCUCUUCUGCAAAGCUCCUGCCUCUCCCGCUUGGCUUGCUCUGCCCCGGGUGCACAGGCCUUGCUGUUCUCAGGGAAAGCCUGCUGGCUCCCCCACCUUUGCUUACACUUGCCCUCCCAGAACACUCAGCCCAGCCCUUCUUGUGGCUUGCUCUUGCCCCCUCUUCUUUCCAGUGCCUUGUUUAAAUGUCACCUCCUCAUAGAGACCUUCCCGACCAUCCCAUAACCCUUCUCCUCCAACCUAUUACUCUUGCUCCCGUGGGUUCUCUACCAGUGCCAGUCACCUGGGACACUUAAAAUCUCUGAUGCCCAGAGACUGACUCUGUUGGCCCAGGGUGAGCCCCAGGCUUCAGUGCUGCCUGGCCUGGGACAUGGAUGGUCACUGAGUCUUACUGCUCACCGCUCUCCCCUUGACAUUAUACAUGUGCUUGGUUAUUGUCCGUGUCUCUGCUAGAGUGGAGAGCAGGGACCUGGUCUCUGCUGUAUGCCCAGCACCUUCAAAAGCACCUGGCUCACAGUAGGAGCUCAGGGAGUACCUAUGAGUGAAGGAAUGGGAUGGUGGGGCUUGAGAAAAGGCAGCUUUGAUUGACUGUCAGGAUCGAUCUGUUCCCAACAUCUGGUGAACCCUUGGAGGGUUCUUCCCGCAGGAAACUUUUACCUCAUCUGUCAGUAUCACGCCUCCAUGCUGUCCGGAACGUCCCACUCUGACUGCAGGACCACCUCCGGGCGAGGACAGUGGCUUGAGAUGGCAGGAAUCACCAUGGCCUCCCUGAGAUUCAGGCUGCACAUUGGCAGAGUCAGAGCUGGAAGGGCAGGAGUGGGGUCGAGUCGGACCUCUCGCUGUGCAGAUGGGCCCUGAGGCCUAGUGAGGGAAGGAGCUUCGGUCACAGUCAGGCCCUGGUUGAAGAGGGCCUAGAGGGCAGGAGCUACAGCAUCCUGUGUGACCUCGGCCAAGCCUCUGACCUUCUCUGUGCUUUAGUCUCCCCAUCUGUACCUGCAGGGCCUGGGCUGAGAUGAUCCCAAGCCCAGGACAUCAGGAGUUUGUUCCCUGAGUCCUUUUCUGGGCAGUGCAGACCUUCAGAGGGCUUGUAAGGGGUUAAGCUCCUCUGGCUCUGCUCUGCACGCAGACAAACCCCCUCCUUCUGACAAACACUUGUAGGAAAUCAGGCUGAGCGCUUCCUGCUGAGGCAAGGCGAGGCGGCCUCAGCCGCGGCAGGGGCGGGGAGAGGUGGGGAGCGAUGCUGGUGUGUGAGCAGCAGCCUGGGCUGGCAGAACGGCCUGGAGGCGGGCCAGGGCACAAUGGAGGCAGGGGGCUCCCUGGGUUUGGAACAAAGACUUCAAAGGCAGGUCCCCUGAAACUGGGCCGGGAGGAUCGUGGUGGAGCCCAGGAGAGGGCACAGGCAGGAUGGCCAAUGCUGAUAGGAGCCAGCGGUGACUCUGGGGCCCCCCGGCGGCAGCUCUUUCUUCUGAAGAUGAAGUGGCCUAGGUGAAGCCCAGGCCAGUCCCGAUGGCCAGCUCGGGGACUGAGAUCCACUGGGCUGAGCCUGGUUUGGGGAAGGGCCCCCAGCGGCGGCGCUGGGCCUGGGCCGAGGACAAGAGGGACGUGGAUAGAAGUGGUUCACAAAGCUGGGGAGAAGAGGGACUCUUUCCCAAUGCCACCAGCCCCGAGCUCCUGGAGGACUUCCGCCUGGCCCAGCAGCACCAGCCGCCCCUGGAGUGGAACCCACACCCGCAGCCUGAUGGGCAUCAGGAUUCCGAGUCAGGAGAGACUUCUGGAGCAGAGGCUGAAGCAGAGGAUGCAGACAGCCCAGCAAUUUCCCACGAGCCCCUCGCCUGGCUCCCCCCGCAGGGCCAUCAGCUGGAAAUGACUGAGGAGGAGCCAGACGGGACCCUCGGAAGUCCGGAGGUGGAGGAUGCUGGAGAGAGCUGCCCGAGGUUGGGGUAUGAGGCUGGUCUCAGCUUGGAGGGCCAUGGAAACACCAGCCCCAUGGCUCUUGGGCAGGGUCAGGUCAGGGGCUGGGUGGCUUCUGGCGAACAAGCCGGUGGAGACAAACUUUCUGAACACUCCGAGGUCAACCCAUCCAUUGAGCUCAGCCCGGCAAGGUCCUGGAGCAGUGGGACUGUGAGCCUCGACCACCCUAGUGACAGCCUAGAUUCCACUUGGGAAGGAGAGAUCGAUGGCUCCCCACCCACUGCCCUGGCAGAAACCUUGCCAGAGAGCCCCAGCUACCACCUUUUAAACCCAGAUGACAGAACUGGAGGCAGCGUUGCUCAGGCAACCCCCAUAGAAUUCCAGGACUCCUCGGCUCCCCCAGCCCAGAGUCCACAGCGUGCCACAGAUAGAUGGAGGAGAGAAACGACCAGAUUCGCCUGCCCUCAGCCCAAGGAACACAUCUGGAAGCCGACAAAGACAUCACCUAAGCCACUCCCUUCCCGAUUCAUUGGCUCCAUCAGCCCCCUGAAUCCUCAGCCCAGGCCAAUCCGGCAGGGCAGGCUGCUGCCCAGACAGGGAGCCACUCUGGCUGGCCGAUCCUCUUCUAAUGCCCCCAAGUAUGGCCGGGGACAGUUGAACUACCCACUCCCUGAUUUUUCCAAGGUAGGGCCCCGGGUGAGAUUCCCCAAAGAUGAGAGCUACCAUCCCCCCAAGUCUAGAAGCCACAACAGGCAGCCUCAGGCCCCUGCCCGGCCCCUCAUCUUCAAGUCACCAGCCGAGAUUGUGCAGGAGGUGCUGCUGAGCAGUGGAGAAGCCGCCCCGGGGAAGGACAUGCCUCCUGCCCAUCCCAUCACCAGGGUACCACAAGAAUUUCAGACGCCUGAGCAAGCCACUGAGCUGGUUCAUCAGCUCCAGGAAGACUACCACAGGCUCCUCACGAAGUAUGCUGAGGCUGAGAACACCAUCGACCAGCUACGCCUUGGGGCCAAGGUGAACCUGUUCUCUGACCCACCCCAGCCCAGCCGCAGCAUCCACACAGGAAUGGUACCGCAGGGGACCAAGGUCCUGUCCUUCACCAUCCCACAGCCCCGCUCAGCGGAGUGGUGGCCAAGCCCAGCCGAGGACCCCCAGGCCUCUGUGGCCUCAGGGUGGCCAUCAGCUGGAGGAGACCUGAGCCCCUCCUUGCCCACCAGCAAGCCUACCCUAGGGUGGCUUCCAGAGAACCGGGGCGUCUCCAAGGACCAGUCCUCAGCAGAUCAGACCCAGGCACUGGCUUCUCAGGCCAGACAAUUCCUGGCCAAGGUGGAGUCCUUUGAAAGACUGAUACAGGCAGGACGGCUCAUGCCCCAGGACCAACUCAAGGGCUUCCUGCGGCUGAAGGCUGCCCACGCAGCCCUGGAGGAGGAGUACCUGAAGGCCUGCCGGGAGCAACUUGCCGACCAGCCACUUGCCGGCUCCGUGGGGACACCUGGGAGAUUUGAUCCUGGCAGGGAGCUGGAGGCAGAGAUUUACCGUAUGGGAAGUUGCCUGGAAGAGUUGAAGGAACACAUAGACCAGAACCAGCAAGAGCCUGAGCUGCCCGGGUCAGACUCAGCUCUGGACAGCUCCCCAGCCCUGCCCUGCCCCCACCAGCCAAUGCACCUGCCAGCUUCUUCCAGACAAGCCCCUACGCUAGCCAUCAAGACCUCCCACUGUGAGCCUGCCACCACCACUGCUGCCGCCAGCACUGGCCCCUGCCCAUUGCAUGUGAAUGUGGAGGUGAGCUCUGGCAACAGUGAGGUGGAGGACAGGCCGCAGGACCCCCUGGACCCACUCAGGGACAAGGAGCUGCAGACGGAGCAAGUUCUCCAUGGCCUCUUAGAGCGGUACCUCAGUGUGAAGUCUCUCCCAGAAGCCAUGAGGAUGGAGGAGGAGGAAGAAGGGGAGGAAGAGGAGGAAGAGGAGGAGGAGGGAGGCAACUCCUUGGAAGUUGAUGGGGUGGCUGCAGCUUCAGGGAAGGCAGAGGCCACCGGGAUCCUCCCAAGGCAGUGCCUGGUGCAGGCUGAGAAAAGUCACAGGGCUCCCCUGGAGGAGGCCACAGAGCAGAUGGAAUCCGUGAAGCCACCAGGUUUCCAGACAUCCCUGGCCAGAGACGGGCACAUGUCAGGACUGGGAAAGGCUGAGGCAGCCCCUCCAGGCCCUAGCAUGCCACCCCACCCUCCAGGCACCAAGUCUGCAGCAUCCCACCAAAGUAGUAUGACCAGCCUGGAGGGAAGUGGCAUUUCUGAGCGCCUUGCACAGAAGCCUUUGCACCAAGCCGGUGGGUCCCACCUGGAGGAGCCCUGGAUGGCAUCCCCGGAGACAGACAGUGGCUUUGUGGGCUCAGAAACAAGCAGAGUCUCACCUCUCACCCAGACUCCAGAGCACCGGCUCUCCCACAUCAGCACAGCAGGGACAUUAGCCCAGCCCUUCACCACAUCUGCGCCCAGGGAUGGAGCCUCCUACCCCAAGGCCAGGGGUUCUCUGGUCCCCAGAAGAGCCACAGAGCCCGGCACACCCCGGAGCCGAGCGCAGAGGCACCUCUCCUGCCCAAGUGGGCCUCCCCGGCAGAGGGCACCCAGUUGCAGCCUGGAGCGGGUGUUGGCCACAGAGAUGGUGGUUCCUGGCUCGGAGUCUGAGGGGCACAAACGGAUUUCUGAACAGCUCCUUCCAAGCAAGACAAUCAGUCCACCCCCAACCCCUGCCCCAGCCACUUCCCCUCUGCCCCGUGGACCAAAAGAGACCAUCCCCAACUUCCCGCUCACCAGGGCAGAGCGAGACCAGGCCAUCCGUGAGCUGCAAGAGGAGGUGUCCCGGCUCCGCGUGCGGCUGGAGGACAGCCUGCAUCGGCCAGGCUUUGACCGCCCCGCCCGGGCCCGUGGCCGGCCAGUGGACUCCCCAGCCCUCUGGGGACCCCAUUAUGGCAGUAAAUCCACAGAGAGAUUGUCCGGUGAGCCUAGAGGUGGAGAGCAGACGGUCUCCGCAGGAAGGCGGCGAGCCAGGUCUUCCUCAGUGCCUCGGGAGGUGCCCCGACUGUCCCUGAGUUCAGACUCUGAGUUGCCCCCCCUGCCACUGUUCUCUGAGAUGAGCAGAACCACUGAGGACAGUCCACAGGCAGCUCGGGACAGAAAGAGAGGGAGUGGCAGUGCUGGAUGGUCAAACAGGGUCACCUUCCGGGGCCAAUACACAGGACACGAAUACCAUGUUCUGUCCCCUAAGGCGGUCCCAAAAGGCAAUGCCACAGUCUCCUGUCCCCACUGCCGGCCCAUCAGGACCCAGAAUGGAGGCGAUGCUGCCACAGGGGACCCACUGGGACCACCUCCUGCUGAUACCCUUCAGUGUCCCAUGUGUGGUCGAGUUGGGUAUCCCCGAGAGGGAAAUGAUCCAGGCUCAGCCACCUCUGGGGCAGAGGCCACCACGAGGAGAAAAGCACCGUCAACUCCCAGCCCCAAGCAGAGGAGCAAGCAGGCGGGGUCGUCGCCAUGCCUGGCCCCUGGACUGUGGUAUCUGGCGGCUGCGCCCUCAACACCAGCCCCUCCGGCCUUUGCCUACAUCUCCUCAGUUCCCGUCAUGCCUUAUCCACCAGCCGCUGUGUACUAUGCGCCCGCAGGACCUACCUCAGCCCAACCAGCUGCCAAGUGGCCCCCCACAGCCUCUCCCCCGCCAGCCCGGGGGCACCGGCAUUCCAUCCAGCUUCACCUGGGCGACCUGGAGGAGCUCAACAAGGCCCUGAGCCGGGCCGUGCAGGCUGCCGAGAGCGUCCGCUCCACCACCAGGCAGAUGAGCCGCUCGCUGUCGGCCGACCUGCGCCAGGCUCACAGCCUGAGGGGCUCCUGCCUCUUCUGACUCCACUGGGGGCCCAGAGACAGAUGAGUGUGUGGGUGGGCAGGUGGCCACCAGGCCAGGAGUGGGCUGGAGCUGCUGAGGCCUGGAAGGCCCGCAUAGUUUCUCAGCAGGAGAGUAUCCCUCCAGCACAGACCCCGCCUGCUCAGUCCCUGUGCUUUCUGAAUGGAGGGGGUGUCAGCUGGAUCACCAAGAGAAGUGACUUUCCAGGAGCACCCGUCCUUCACAGAGGUGCUGUGAGCGAGGCCCACUUACGUCCAGCAGAGCCUCUGGCAGUCUCUCCUGGUCCUGCACGUGUCCACCUCCUGCUAAUAAUAGGCAUUUUAUAUAUAGAUGGACAGAUAUUUUUAAACUGAGGAGUUUUCCUGAUCUUGGGUCCUCCUUAGGAGGCCAGACAAGAAAGGAAAGGCGACGGUUUCUGGAGCACACUUGUCCCCCAUGUGACCAGUCACUCUGGGGCAGGCACCUCUGGGAAGGGCACAGCUGGAGACCAUUCUCCUAAUGACUGGCAGUCAGCGGGGCAUUUUAGGAUGUCAGAGCCCCAGGCUGACAUGCGUCCAGCUUCUCCGUGGCAGCAGAGGCUUUUCCCACAGGCCUCCUGGGAUGGAGGCAAGCUACAAAGCACCCAGGACGCUGUCCACUGUGGUCCCUCUCAGUACCUCAUGCAAGGUCCCCAGCUUCUCCUAGGAUCCCAGUGGCAUUUAUCACUGGCCAGCUACCUGCCAGGCCAGGGCUGGGGCACGGUCUUUGGCCAUAAGGCCAGGCCACCUCCCACACCCCCACCCCGUGGCAGUGCAUACCUCUGCAUUUCUGGAAUGUGUGUGCAUCAAUGAUGUUUGUAUAUUUGAGGCAUUUAAAAAUCUAUUUUCGUUACAAGGGCAAAUGAAGAAUGACUAUUGAUCUUAAAUAAAAAAGAAAAGACAAAAAAAUACCCAGAGCCA